UCAUUGUAUAUCAUUAGCUGUGAUAACGUGUGUGUGUCACAUGCAUGACAACAACAACAACAAUAAUAUUACACUUAUCUCUCAUUUACUAAAUAAUUUUUAUCUAUAUUUCAAUCGUCACCAAGCGUUCUACAGUUAUUUCGAUAUUGUCAAAUUGUCAAUUUAAAAAACAAUACUCGUACCAAUUGUGUUUUUAAAAAAAUACACCUGUAAUUUUCAUAAUAAUAACACAACAAAAAAGUUUAUUAGAAAUUGUGUUGGUUAUAAAAAUAACAUAGUGGAUCAUGUGUUUUUUUCAUUACAAGACAAUGAAAAUUUCGAUUAAACAAUUUUAAUAAAUUUAAAUAAUAAUCAACUUAUAUUUAUUGAAUAUAUUAUCAAUAAAUUAAAAUGGUUUUUGAAUCAAUUGUAGCUGAGCUACUAAAUAAAUUUCUGGGUGAAUAUAUCCAGAAUUUAGAUUGUACUCAGCUCAAGCUCAGCCUCUGGGGUGGUGAUGUUGUACUCACUGAUUUACUUAUCAAAGAAAAUGCAUUGGAUAUGCUUGAUCUACCAAUUAAAUUGGGAUACGGAAGAUUAGGUAAACUGAUACUAAAAAUACCAUUCAAGGACAUGUGGAAUGGUCAAAUUGAUGCAAUAAUUGAGGAAUUAUUUAUACUUGUUGUACCAACAAGUCAAAUGCAAUAUGAUUCUGAAAAAGAGGCUAAAGCUGAUCUUGAAGCAAAACAUGCUGAAAUAGCAAGAAUUGAAAAAAAUAAACAACUUGCUGAUACAAAAGCAGCUGAAAAAAUUGAUGAUUCAAUGAUGGAAAAAUUAAUAGCAAGAAUGAUUAAAAAUAUACAUGUUGAAAUAAAUAGAAUUCAUGUACGUUAUGAAGAUCAUGUUACAUUUAAAAACCAUCCAUUUUCAAUGGGUUUUACAUUAAAUCGUUUGGCACUUGAAAGUUGUAAUGAUACAUGGUCAACAAGUGGUAAUUUAAAAGACAUGUAUGCAAUACAGCAAAUAUUUAAAUUAUGUACAUUAGAUGGAUUUGCUGUUUAUCUCAAUCCAAAUCUAAUGCAAUUUAGUCAACAAUCACCAACAAAAUAUUUAAAUUUAUUUUCAUCAAGUAUUGCAACAAUUGAUUUUGUACCAAAUGAUUAUGAAUAUCUUGUUGGUCCAAUAAAUGUUAAAGCAAAAUUAAAAUUAAAUCCAAAACCAGAAACAGAUGGUAGUAAUUAUACAAUACCAAAAAUAUGGCUAGAUCUUGAAAUGCAAAAAUUACGUAUUGGUUUAACUAAAAAACAAUAUCAAACAUUAUUACAACUUGGUGAAGGCCUUGAUCGUGCUAAAAAAUCAUCACCAUAUAGAAAAUAUCGUCCAGAUGUAUCAUCAUAUCAUGGACAUUAUAAAAAAUGGUGGAAAUUUGCAUAUAAAUGUAUUGUUGAAGAAGAAGUUAAAAGAUGUCAAAAUAAUUGGGAUUGGUUACAUAUGAAACAACAUCGUGAUACAUGUCGUAAAUAUGCAACAACAUAUAAAACAAAAUUAACAUGUAAAAAAAUUAAUCAAGAUAUUGAAGAAUCAUUAAUUGAAUGUGAAAAAAAAUUGGAUAUAUUUAAUUUAGUUAUAAUAAGACAACAAAUUGAAAUGGAAGUUGAAAGAUUAGCUGAAAAAGAAAAAACAUUAAAAGCUGAAAGAGGAUGGUUUGGUUUUUUAUGGUCAUCAUCACAAACACAACAAGUUAAAGAAUUAAAUUCAGCAGCUGCUAUUAUGAAAAAAUUUGAAGAAGCUAUGACACCACAAGAAAAAGAAAAGCUAUAUCGUGCUAUUGAUUAUCAAGAAAAUUCAGCACCAACACAUUAUCCAGAAACAUUUGUUGAAAUUGAUACAUCAUUUUUUUUACAUGGUUUACAAAUUAUUGUAUCUGAUACUGAUAAAGAAUGUUGUGAUGUUCUUGAUUUACAAUUUAAUGGUGUUAAAGUUGGUUUUAAUUCACGUCCAGCAGCAAAUGCAAUUCUUGUUACUGUAUCAUUAAAUGAAAUGAAAUUACUUGGUGUUAAACAAAAUAAUAUAAUACCAGAAUUAUUAACAUCAGAGGGUAGUUCAGAUAGUGCCCUAUUUAAUAUAUCAUAUGAAAAAAAUCCUAUUGAUAAAUUAUGUGGUGAUCGUAUUAUUGUUAAAUCAAAAUCAAUUAAUGUUGUUUAUGAUGCACAAACAAUAAUUGAACUUGUUAAUUUAUUUAAAGCACAAAAUCAUACAGCAUUAAAUCAAAUACAAGCUGCUGCUGCUGAAAGACUUGAAAAUUUUAAAGAAAUGUCAGCACUUGGUAUGGAAUAUGCAAUACAAAAACAUUCAAUACUUGAUAUUCAAGUUGAUAUUGAAGCAUCACAAUUAAUUAUACCAAAUAGUGGUUUUUAUAGUGAUAAUAGUGCUGUUAUUGUUAUUAAUUUGGGUAGUUUAAAAAUACAUUCAAUUGAAAAACCAAAAGAUGAUUUAGCAACAAGUACUGUUAAACAACUUGUUAAUAUGGGAAAAAGUGAAGAAGAUAUACUUAAUCAUUUAAGAAAAUUUAGUUAUGAUAGAUUUGUAUUAAAAAUUGUUAAUUUUCAAGCAUUAGUAGCAUCAGAAAAUGAAGAUUGGCAUAAUUCAUUAUCAUCAACAACAAAUUCAAUGGCAUUAUUACAACCAACAACACUUGAAAUACAAUUUCAUAAAUGUUUAAUAACUGAUGAUCCAUUAUUACCAAAACUUCGUUUAAUUGGAGAAUUAUCAUCACUUGCAUUAAAUAUUGAAGAUGCAAGAUUAUUAGAAGCACUUACAAUUGUACAAAGUAUACCAUUUCCAGAAGAUGAAGAGACAACAUUAGAACAAGUACCACUUAGUAAAUCAUUGUCACAAUUAUCAAUAAAUGUUAUUAAAGAAUUAACAACAAUAUCAAAUACAAAUGAUAGAAAAAAAUCAGAUGAUACAGUUGUUAAACAAACAACUGAUUUUGAGGCAAAUUUUGUCAUGAAAGAAUUUACAUUAACAGUAUCAAAACGUCAUGAAGAUCAAGUCAAGCCAUUUAUUAAAAUUGAUGUUUUAAAACUUGAAAUUGAAAUGAUACAAAGAACAUAUGAUCAAGAAAUAAUGCUUAGACUUGGUGGUAUACAAAUGACACAAUAUCAUAAUAAUGAAGAAAUAUUUAUGAUAAAUACACCAAUGACAUCUGGUAAAGAAGAUUAUCUUAUUGUUAUACAAUAUGUUAAUGUUAAUAAACGUUCACCAGAAUUUAUAACAAGACAUGGAUCUGUUGUUAAAUUAUUAAAACUUGAAUUUACAAUGCUUGAUGUUUUACUUCAUCAAGAAUGCUUGAUAAAUCUUUUAAAAUUCAUAACAUAUUUUCAAGAUAAAAUGAUAUUAACAGCACCACCACCAAAUCCAAAAAAAGAUCGUUUUGCUGGAGGUAAAAAUUUAACACCAUUAACAGCAAUACAAGAAGAUACAUCAACAUUUAUCAAAGAUCAAAUACAAAAAUAUAAAAAUAAAACAGAUAAAAAAAGAAAAAAUAUUGUUGAAUGUAUUGAUUUAAAAAUUAAAGCUAAAAUUGGAACAAUUAGUUUAAAAAUGAGUAGUGAUUAUCGUGAUAUUAGUUCAUUUUUUAUUGAAGGAAUAACAGCUGGUUAUAUUAUGAAAGUAUCAUAUUCACAAGCAAAUAUAAAUCUUUCAUCAGUUAAUAUUAAAGAUUUAAAUAGCUCAUCAAGUUAUCGUAAUAUUGUGUCAGUUGAAGGAUCAGAAUCAUUACAAGUACAAGCAGUUAUGUAUAAUAUUGAUCCAAGUGAAAUUGAUAAAAAUAGUAUGUCAAUUAAAGUUGUCAUGGGUUGUCAUAGAGUUGUAUUUUUAAAUUCAUUUGUCGAGGGUGUUAUGAAUUUUUUAAAUAAUUUUCAAACAGCACAACAAGCUAUUAAAGAAGCAUCAGUUGCUGCUGCUGAAGCAGCAAAAACAAAUAUUAAAGAUGUACAAGAAUCAGCAGCAAGAAUUGAAUUAUCAGUUAAAUUAAAAGCACCAGUUAUUUAUGUACCAUUAAAUUCAAAAAGUGAACAUUGUCUUAUGCUUGAUAUGGGUAAUUUAACAAUUUAUAAUACGUUUGAAAAACUUGAUAAUAUUAAUGAUCAUGGUGAUUCACCAAUUGUUGAUAAUAUGAAAAUUGAAUUACAAAAUUUAAAAUUAUCAAGAAUUAGAAUUAAUAUUGAUAAUUUUACUAUGGAAAAUGAAGUUUUAUUAUUACAACCAGUUAGUUUUACAUUAUUAAUGAAAAGAAAUUUAUCAACAUCAUGGUUUACAUCAAUUCCUGAUAUUGAAAUGUAUGGUAGAUUAAAAGCCAUUGAAUUAUUAUUAAGUCAUGCUGAUUAUGUUAUGAUGUUAAAAGUACUUGAAGAAAAUUUAGGUGAAAGUAUUGAUGAUCCAAAACCACAACAACAAAUACAAAAAAUUGAAAAAAAAAUAAGUGAAAUACGUAAUACAUCAUUGACGACAACAACAACAACAAAAACUGAAAUUGAAAUUAUUAAAAAAAAAGAUAAUAAUUUUGAUUUAAAUCAAGAACAAAAAAAUAUUCAUACAUCAAUGAAAUUUGAAUUUAUAAUGGAAAGUUUUGUUAUUAAUUUAUUUACUGGUGGUUCAAAAUUAUUAAAAAGUAAAACUUCACCAUUACAUUUACCAGAAAAUGGUUUAGCUAAAUUUGGUCUUACACAUUUUGCUGUUAAAGGAAGAAUAUUUGCUGAUGGUUUAUUAGCAACAUCAAUACUUUUAAUGAAUUGUACAUUAGAUGAUACAAGACCAAGUAGACAAGGUUCAUUAAUAAGAAUUAUGGAAAGAACAUCAGCAGUACCAUCAAUUGAUGAUUUAACAAAAACAAAUGAUACUAAACCAAUAAGAAGUAUGAUUGAUGUGACAUUUAGAAAAACUGAAAAUGAUAUGUUUGUUGAUGUUCGUGUAUUUUCAUUUAGUAUUAUUGUAUCAUUGGAUUAUCUUAUGAAAAUUAAAGAUUUUUUCCAAGUACCAGCAACUAAUCAGUCAACAACAAAUGCAGCAUUAAUGUCAUCACAAAAAGGUGUUAUUGAUGUUAAAAAAAAAACAACACCAUCACAACCAAUACCAGUUAUGUUGACAGUUAAUAUACAUUUAGAAAAACCAGAUAUUAUUUUAUUAGAAGAUAUGGAUGAUAUUAAUUCAAAUUGUAUUGUAUUAAAUACUGAAUUAUUUAUGAAAGUACGAAUGAUUGGUGAGCAUCAAGUUAUUACUGGAGCAGUUAAAGAUCUUUCAUUAUCAACUGGUAUUUAUAAUCCAAUAAGACGAGCUGAUUGGAUAUAUCAAGUAUUAAGACCUUGUACUGUUAGUAUUGCUGGUUCAACACCAGAAGGUAAAGGUCUACAUGUUGAUGUUUCAUGUACAGAUAUACAUUUGUCUGUAUCACCAGGUGUUAUUGAAAUUUUAAAUCGUGUUGUACAAAAAUUAACAGCAAAAGAAACUGAUAAUGAAGAAGAAAUUAAUAAAGAACCAAAUCAUGAAGGUUUAUGGUUAAUAUCACCAUUUCAAGAAAAAGAAUAUUGGUUUUUAAAAACAGAUAUUGCCACUGAAGUUACUGAAGAUGCUGAAUUUUCUGAUAAUGAAGAAAUUACUAUUCCAUAUAAAGCUGAACUUGCUAUUGUAUCAGCACCAACAAUAUUAUUAACACUUGAAGCUGGUGUUGGAAAUAAAACAUUACCAAUGUUAUUACUUCAUCUUGGUUUUCAAAGUAAAAUACAUGAUUGGAGUACAAAUACAAUGAGUAUUGAAACAACAAUGACAAUGCUCAUGUCAUAUUACAAUAGUUGUUUAGCACUUUGGGAGCCACUUAUUGAACCAGUAACAAGUACUAAUAAUAAUGGGGAAAAAAUAUCAUCAUCAUGGGAAUUAACAACAAAAAUACAAUUUAAUGAUUUAUCAAUUGAACAAGGUAUCAAUGCACUGAGUCCAAGUGUUGAAAGUGAACCUGAUGAUAUAACACAAACAGCUAAAAUGUCAAUUGACAUUAUGUCAUCAGAUAGUUUAGAAAUAACUGUUACAAAAACAUGCCUUGAGGUAUUACAACAACUUGGUAAUGCAUUUUCAAGUGCUAUGGAAUUAAAUGAUAAAAAAACAACAACAACAAAAUUAGCACCAUAUGUUUUAAAAAAUGAAACUGGUAUGGCACUAAAACUUGAUUUAAUAACAAGUAAUUUUAAAGUUAUAAGUGGCACAUUUGAUAAUGAUCCAUUGCCUGAUAAUUAUGCUGAUGUAUUACUUGAAACUGGUGCAUCAGUACAGCUAGCACCAAUAACAGCAAUAUCAAGUAGUGAUAUAUUAGCACAGCUUAAAAGUGUAACAGUCAGUGAUCGUGGUGAUAGUAAAUUUGUCGUGACAUUUAUUGAUAUAAAUAAUAAAUUAGAAAUUCCUGUAUUACGUGCUGACAAAAGAUUUUUUUCAUUAAAAUAUAGAAAAGAAAGUUCAGAAGAAUGGGGUAUAAUAUCUGAUGUUGUUGUUGAAGAUGGUAGUACUAUUGUUACACUGAGAAGUAUACUUCAAGUUUAUAAUCAUUUUACUGAACCAGUAGCUGUUUAUUAUAUGACCAAAAGAGGCAAUGAAGUUGAAUGUGUUGGUACUGUUGGUCCAAAUGAAAAAUUAAAUUUACCACUAGAUGCUGUUUAUACACCGACAAAUAUUUAUUGGCUAUUUUUUAGUGUCAAUGGUAAUAUGUUUUCAAUUGAACCAUUUGUAUGGAAAGAUUUACAAAAAACUGUAUCAAUGACUAAACUUUUAAAAUGUGAACCAAAAACUAAACAAGAAACAAAAGAACCAUUUUAUGUUCAGAUUUUUUUCACCGUGAUUGUGGUUGGUUGUAUCCUUUAUAAUAAUAUCAGUUUUGAUUUAUUAUUAAAUAAAAUUAAUUGGCGUGAACAAUUUAAUCGGUUUAUCAGUAUUAAUGAAACAAAAUGUCACAGUUGGAAUAAUAAUAAUAACACAGCGAAAUAUAUAAAAGGACCUAUUCAGGUUGUUGGUGAAAUUGAACAAGUGUAUUUUGAAAAUACAAGCAGACACACAAUGGCUAGUACUAUUUAUAAUAUACACUUGUAUCCUUCAGUGUAUCUUAAAAAUUUUUUGCCAAUUGAUAUUGUUAUUGUAUUACCUGGACAAGUUGAAGAGAAAAUAAUCAAAGCAAGUGAGACACUUCAAUUGCCAACGAUUGAUCCUACUCAUUCAAAUAUUGUCAUAAAGCUACAACAAUACUUGGAAAAAGAUUGGUCAUGCAAAGGUGACAUUGUUACAAAUCCAUCAGAAUUUUCAGUCUGGUCGUUUGAAUCAUUUGACAGUGCUCAAAAAGUCGUGAUGGAUCUUGGAAUGCAUUGUUCAUUUGAGCAUGGUUCAGUUGUCAUGGCUCUCUAUUGUCCCUUCUGGAUGCUAAAUAAAACUGGAUUAAUGCUGUCUUACAGGAAAUCAAGUAAAGGUGGCAAAGGCCAGCCAAGUCCAGUCAAGAAAUUAGCGUGUGGUUGGCGAAAUCAUAAAAGGAGUUUCUGUGAUUUUGGCAGAAGAAAAAAAAAACUGAAUUCAGAGGAUCAUUUAAAUGUGAUUUAUCAUCCUGAGCAUUACAAAGGACCAAUAUUAUUUUCAUUUCGUUCAAAGGCAUUUUUUGGGAAAAAAAAAGCCAUGGUGAGAAUUGAGGAUGGUGAAUGGUCAGAGAAAUUUCCUAUUGAUGUUGCUGGAAGUAAAGGUGCUGUUGUUUGUAGAUACAAUGGAAUAAAUUAUCGUAUGGGUGUUCAUAAUCAAUUGACAUAUAAUUCAUUGACAAAACAAAUAACAUUUACACCAUAUUAUGUAUUAAUAAAUAAUGCUGAUUUUAUGAUUGAAUGCCAAGAGGCUAAUCGUCCAGCUAGUCAUUUAACAAAAAUAUCACCUGGUGAAUGUACACCAUUUUGGCCUGAGGCUGAAAAUGAUAAAAAAAUGUUAACAGCAAUGGUAUCUGGUUAUCCAGAAAAAACAGCACCAUUUUUAUUUACUGAUGUACAUACAACAUUAUUAAAAUUAGAUAAUAAAUAUGGUGGUAUUAAUGUUGAUGUUAAUAUUAAUGAAGGUGGUGUUUAUAUAUCAUUAUCAGCUUAUAGUCCAGGUGAUGCACCAGGAUUAAUUAUAAAUCAUACACCACGUACAAUGCAUUUAUGGGAAAAAGGAUCAAUGAAUGUACGUACAAUACAAUCAUUUAAUAGAAUGUUUUAUACAUGGGAAAUACCAUCUGGUUCAAGAAUAUUACUGUGGGAAGAUUCAAAUAAAAAAGAAAUUGAUAAUGAUUUACGUAAAGAUAAUCUUGGUACAUUUAAAUAUGAAGAUACUGAUGAAGAAUUUUAUUAUGUAUCAUUUUUAGAUGGUACACAACGUGUAUUGCUAUUUACAACAAAUUUAAAAAUUGCUGAAGAUUGUCAAUUAUUUGGUGAUCUUGAAAUAAUUGAUCAAGAAAUAACAAUGAAUAUACAUGGUGUUGGUGUAUCACUUGUUAAUAAUGUUACAAGAGCUGAAUUACUUUAUAUGUGUAUUGCUCAUUCUGGUAUUAUUUGGGAAACACAAAAAUCAAUUGGUAAUCGUUGGAGACAAUUAAAUACAAAUGAUGUUGUAUCAAUUGAAGAAGGAUAUCAAAAAUAUAUGUGUGAAUUACAAAUUGGUAAUGAUAUAUCAUCAAUAACAAUGCUUGAGCCAAAAUUAAUGGUUGAUUAUCAAACAAUGGAAAUGAUUAAACCACAUAAAAGACAUUUACGUCGUACAUUUCAAACUGGUCUUUGGAUACAAUAUCGUACAUCAGCACAUCAAGUACAAUUACAUGCUAAAAUUAAUCGUUUACAAAUUGAUAAUCAAUUAUCUGAAUGUGUAUUUCCAGUAAUAUUAGCACCAGUACCACCACCAAAAAGUAUUGCACAAUCAUCAGUUAUGAAACCAUUUGCUGAAUUAAGUAUGGUUAAACGUUCACUUGAACAUAGUAAUGUACAACAAUUUCGUUAUUUUAAAGUACUUGUACAAGAAUUUCAUGUUAAAGUUGAUAUUGGUUUUAUAAAUGCAUUAAUGGCAUUUUUUGAAGCAAAUCAAGUUAAUGAAAUUGAAGAAAAAAAGCUAUUUCAAAAAGACAUGAAAUUAGUUGAUGAGCCAUUAUUGUAUCAUGUUAAUCUUAUAACAACUGCUGAACAAAAAAAUUUCUUUGAUUUAUUACAUUUUUCACCAUUAAAAAUACAUUUAAGUUUUACAAUGUCUGGUGGUGGUGAUGGUCCAUCAGCAUUACCACAAGUUGUUAAUGUUCUUUUACAAGGUAUUGGUGUUACAAUAACUGAUAUUAAUGAUAUUGUAUUUAAGCUAGCAUAUUUUCAACGUGAUUAUGUUUUUAUGACAAAUCAACAAUUAAUAUCUGAAGCAACAAAUCAUUAUGUUGGUCAAGCAAUUAAAAGAGCAUAUGUACUUGUUCUUGGUCUUGAUGUUAUUGGUAAUCCAUAUGGUCUUGUUGUUGGAACAAUGAAAGGUAUUGAGGAUCUUUUUUAUGAACCAUUUCAAGGUGCAAUUCAAGGUCCAGGUGAAUUUGCUGAAGGUUUAUUGCUUGGUGUUAGAAGUAUGCUUGGACAUACUGUUGGUGGAAUGGCUGGAGCUGUUUCUAAAAUAACUGGAGCUAUGGGUAAAGGUCUUGCUGCACUUACAUUUGACAAAGAUUAUCAAAGAAAACGUCAAGAACAAUUAAAUGCACAACCUGGUAAUUUACAAGAAGGUCUUGCUAGAUCUGGUAAAGGACUUGUUAUGGGUGUUGUUGAUGGUGUUACUGGUGUUGUUACAAAACCAUUUUCUGGAGCUAGAGAAGAAGGUGUUGAAGGAUUUUUCAAAGGUUUUGGUAAAGGUGUUGUUGGUCUUGUAACAAGACCAACUGCUGGUGUUAUUGAUUUUGCAAGUGGAUCAUUUGGUGCUGUAAGAAGAGCUACAGAAAUGAAUGAAGAAGUUAGAAGAGUCAGAGCACCAAGAUUUCUUCAACCUGAUUGUUUAGUUAGACCCUAUAUACGUGAAGAAGCUGAAGGAAAUAAAAUACUUUUUGAAUUGGAAAAAGGAAAAUAUGCAAAUACUGAUAUUUAUUUUUUCCAUAUUACAAUUGGCAAAGAUGUACUUUUAUUGACUGACAAAAGAAUAGCCAUGUUAGAACACAGUGAUUUAUUUGGGGGAUGGAAAGUUGAUUGGGGCUAUACUUGGCAAGAAAUUAUUGAGCCUAAAAUUAUUGACAGAGGUGUACAAAUUGCUGUUAAAGAUGAACGUAAAAAAAAAGGAUUUGGUUCAUUUUUUGGAGCAACGGACCAAACAAAAAUCAUCAUUAUUUCAGAUUACAUUCAAAAACAGUUGCUUUGCAGUAAAAUUCAUGAACAGAUAAAUCAACUCGACAUGUAAAA